CAUAAUAAUUUUACUUUUCUGCCGUUUUCCAGCUCGCUGCUUUUUUACUUGCAAGCUAAACUUUUCAACCACCGUCAGUUGUAUUUCGGUUCGCGCUGCGAUCUGUCGCACUUUGAAGUCACCUCGGCCAGCGAGAAAACGAAACUUUUGGCUCCACCUUCCGAUCCACAUCCUGUGCGGCGGAAGACGAAGCAGUGCGUUGGCUAGUCCCAAUAGUCAUAUCGAACCUUCCGGAAAAAAAAUCGUUUGACAGUAGAUUGAAGAUGGCAAGACCACGCUACUUCGGAUGGAAAUCCUUUAUUGUUCUCAUGGUCUGUUUGCCAGGCUGUAUAUCCAUAUCGCGGAUCGACGAAGUCAGUAACCUGAGCGUAACCGGAAAGCCAGCGCUGAUCCGGACGGAGCUCCGCUUUGGCCGGAACCUUGACCCUUCUAAGGUACGAGUGGUGAACGUCAAGUCCAGUAUGGGCGAGGAUGUAGAGAUCCUGGUCGGCAAAAAUAGCCGCAAGGCCCGUGCUGAGGAUGCGGCUGGGUCCUUUUUCGUGCGCAGCGCGGAUGUCAAGCGGCGCCUCGUCCCGCCCACAGGCAAGGCAAAAGCUAGUGGUCGCCAGCUCACCUUCGAGCACAGCCCGGCAUUACUAAAGCAGAAUGAACUGGCCCUACAGAUGGGCGCCUAUCGCCAGCGCAAGGCAGAGGCGGAGCAGCGCCAAGCAAAACUUAUCCAACUGCAGCUGGCCAAGGCGCAGAGCAGGGGGAUAGAGCACCAGGCAGCGCAGGGGGACUCCCGUCGUGGGCGCCAUCUCGCUGCUGACGUGUCCUGGGAGCCCGUCCGACCUCAGUUUCCGACCCAGACACAACAAAUUUCCCGCAAAAACAUUUCGUUGGCAGCCGAUCGCCAGUGGCAACCAUUCGGCCUGGAGGAUUCGGGGGAAAUCCUGCCACGAUUGCAGCGAUUGUCUCAUGGACCUAUGUUCAGCUUUCCCCGGGACACGGAGUUAGCCGCAUCCGACGUGCAGGAGUACUUAGAGGGUGACAGGGAUACUCGGGCCUAUGGCAGUGUAUCCAAUCAGGGAUACCGGCACAAGAACCUCAUCACAAAGCACAACUACAACUCCCUUCCGCAAAAAUCUAAAUACGUUACCUACUUGCCGCUCUCCAUGGUAGUGACGGCAAGUGCGGGAGUCGCCACGCCCACGACCCGGCGGCAAAAUGGGGUCUACGGGAGCCCACACGACAACCCAAUCGGCCAAAGCUCUCAAAGCGUAGUGGACGGUCCCGCCGUGACGCUGAUCGAGGGUGUCCGAGUGCCGGACAGCGCGGAGGACAAAGUUAAGACCUGGCGCAACGCUCGUGUCCUGAACAAUCAGUUGGUGCCAUAUCCAAAGGGUUACACGCCGCCGAGGGCCCAGAUGCCCAGUUUCGACCGAUAAGUUUGGAAUUGAUCAGAAGAAGUGGUGUUGGGUGCUCAACGGUUAUUGCUAUUUAUUGAAUUUUCUAUUG